AUGUUGGAUCGACUAUCUAAUAUUAGCUUAUCAUCCAUUCGUCCUACUCUCAGCUUUUCCUCGAUGAUGAACGUGAUGAAAUCUUUCAUAGUCCUCGUAUUUGAUUACUUCCUCAUUCACAUUCUCGUCAUUACCGUUGGGUCCACCUCGGCAGAUUCCCCAUCAAACCGCUCAACAAAAUCCCCAAGUAGUGGUGGCCUCCCCAGCUGUCAAACCUACGCCUUGACUAAGAGAUCGAUUACGGGGGUCCUGGAUGCUUGCGAUUCAUCCCAGGCAGCCCCGCGGGCUGCUUUGCAUACCGAUGCCCGCGUGGCUAAACUGCCGGAUGUCCCGAAGCCUGCCGAAUUGGCUGCACCCAAGGGACGGUUCGAAUUCGAUGGUGAUCACAAAAGUGAAGAGCUUUCGGAUGAGGAAGUGAUCCUCGCCAACAACCUACCCUCACCGACUCCAGUGUCCACUAUCCACAAAAGUGAACCAUCAGUUGAUCCCAGCAUCCAAUGCCAUUGGGAGGAUCAGUCAGGCUCAUCAGAUUUCAAGUCACAAAAAUCGCAGGGUCACUUCAAGGCCCGCUGGGAAGAGAUUGUCAAGGCUCAAAACUCCCGUCCAAUCUCUACUGCAUCUGUUAAUCAAGAAGUUACGUUCAAAAGUGUGCAAGAUCUCAAACUUCCUUUUGAAAUUCCUCCGAAGCCUGGAGGAAACUCGAUUGCUAACAUGGAAAAACCCUAUUCAAUUGCUCUCAAACAACUAAGGGAGAAUGGUCACAGAUGGAGAGAUGAUUGGAUUACUCACCGACCAAACCACCCUCCCAGAAAUGGGUUUCACUUUCAGCCAAGAAGGCCGGGGAUAAAAUUCCGCGAUGCUUGGAUUAAAGAUUUAGAAGACGAAAAACCCCUAGAGUCGAAAAAGUUCAUUCCGGGUAAAAUCCCCAAAUCUUCAAUUCCACAAGAUAGGCUUGUAGAAGAAGACACUCUCAUUGGGAAAUUAUCAAAUCAUCAAGAAAAAGAACAUGUGAAUACUCAAAAAAAUAGUAGAAAAUUAGGACCUGGUGAGAGAGUUGGCCAAGGAGUACCAUUGACAAAGGCAACGGCCCUCCUGUUGAAGGAGGUUGAGACAAAGCCGCAUCAGCCAAAUCCCAUUGUGGAGAAAGUAGAGCCAGCCGAAGAAUCCAAUCCUAUUGGCCUAUCGAGGAAGGAAGAAGAAAAUGUGAGCUCCAAAGAAACAGGACGGGGGACCAGAUUAUUAAAUGAAAUUGCAGGAGAAACGGAGAGCGAGAAUUCGUUGAAUACGGUCGAGAUAAAGCAGGAUCCCGUCAUUGAAAAAGAAGUAGCACCCUCUAGGGAAUCGCCAAACCAACAAGAGGAGAAAGAUCCGAAACCACAAGAAACCGGCAUCCAAGCCGAUCAUGGAUCAGGAGUUGCCGAUGAAGUUCCUGAAAAAGAAGAAGCCAAGACUGAGUUUCAUGAGAUCGACAUCGAAGAACCUCAGCCAAACUCUAUGGCUGGAAAGGGUUUGACAGAGGAAAACUCUUCCCCUCAGAUUCCAGCUGAAGACACAUUGAAUGUUGCAAAUCCUCCACCCCGCGAAAUGGAAGAAAGCUCAGCUGAGAAGGAUGACGAGCCUUUCACUUCACCGCUCAGCGGAAUCGAAGAAGCCUUGGCUAGAAAGGAUGACAUCCCUUCCACUGCACAAGAAGGACACGAAAAUCCGCACGUUCACAACCGAGAGAUUCCGGAAGUCGGAGGCAGCGGGCUGGCCCAUCCGCUACAAAUUGAGGACUCAGACCCGGAUCCAAACCCUCGGGAUACUUCUCCUCGCACCCAUCAAGAAGCAGAAGCAGAGGCGGAAACACCCCCUCAAAUGCAAGAAUUUUACCCGGAAUUAAGUGACAGAAAAACAGACCGUGAUCUUACACCCCAAGACACUGCUUCAGUUCUACGAAACGCUCACAUGGAAGAUGCUGAUACUUACUUGCCAGGAGAACCUCCAAUUACUUGGGAACACCAGCAACCUGCGGGGGAACCCCCUGUGGAAAAUCAAGAUGUUACUUCAGGUUUAAAAGCAUCGCCACUUGUUUCGCAGAAGAGCAUAUCCUUGAGUGCAGCUCCAGAAGUUCACGAAGCUCCAGCAUCUAGAAAAGAUGAUUCACCUACCCCUGAACCUGUCGCGGCAGAAGCAGAGAUCAUUGAGGGCCCUUUUCUCCCUAGCUUUGAGUCACACGUGGAUGGAAACGCACCCAGUUUUCCCGGAACUCAACAUGUUGAAUCAAAGUAUCUGGCGGAAAACCUGGGUUCCCCCUCUGCCAAAGGCGUAGAAGGAGCUCAUCAAAAUCCGCUGAGAUUGUUGGCGCAAUCAACCGAUAUUCCUUCCCUCUCAUCAGAAUCUUUGGAGACACCGGCGCAAUCAGAAAAAACAUAUGAUCCAACUUCAGAUUCAGAUACACCGCUUCCGGUUUCACAAACUGAUGAGUUCUCCAACUCAGUUCCGCAAGCUCACGCAGAUUCAACGCCCCAAAAAGUAGCAGGGGAAAACUCUCUUACCAUUGCAUCAACCAGACAAGUUGACGCGGAAGGCACGGCUAGUCGUUUGAGCUUGUUUUCCCAAGCAAACCAACGACCAUCGCUAUUUCCCAGCUCUAAACCUGAAACCCAAAUCCUCGGUGGGGCUAGCAGUAUCAGAAGUCUGCGAUCAAAGACUGGUCGUCUUUCACGUGGUUUCUCUCGUCUUCGUCCAUCCGGAUCUCAGAAAGAUCUAUCGAAGACGUCGGGAUCCACAAAUCUUUCAUCCCAGUCAGCAGAAUCUCAAAUAGCACGCAGGAAACCAGUUGGACUUCCGGAUAUUGUUACAAAUUUCGAACAAUCAGUCCAUACGUCACCAAACAAGGAAUCACAGAAAAAUCUAAACCAGGAUCAUCCAAAACAGUCUGAAGAAGAUGCAGGUAAAACGAUGGACAGCAGUCGGAUGAAUUUGGAUGCAUCCCCAGAAAAAGGUAGCGUGUCGCCUUUAUUUGAAUCGCAAGCGACAAAAGAUAUGUUCAGUAUCCCCCAAGGACUCAAACGAAUUAUACCUCGUAAACGAGAAGAACCCCCACUCCCAAUAGACCCUUCCAAGCCUAUCAAAGACGUCCUGGAAGCUUUCAAAAAGACUCACAUGUAUGAUUCACCUCCGAGCUCACCGGUUGAUGGAAUCAAGGCCAGAAAUUCACCUUGUUUUAGUGUUCUAAAAAAUUCUCCUCGGGGAAGUCCGCGGAGAUCUGGCCCUAACAGUCCUUCAAAGAGAGUUGGAUUCAUGAAUAAAGAUGGGACAGACUCUCGAACUCAAGUCACGAAGGAAAAAAGUAAAUUCUAUGUGGAAGCUAUGAAAGCUUCAGACGGUUCUUCUGCCCCUCCGCAUCAACCACCAGUGGUCGAUGCAGUACCACACCACCAGAAAUCCAUGUCAAGGGCCAAAUCGGCUUAUAUUAAGGUAUCAUCGCCGAGAAUAGGAGGCCUCGGUGUGUUUGAUUCUCGAAUGAAAUUAGAGAGAGCAUAUUCAGUAAAUACUCUAGACAAAACUGACCUAAGUAGCAAGGAAAAUGCAUUUGAGGGCAGCACUCCCCGUGAGAAGCUAAAACCCUUGAACCUGAUGCUUUCGAUGACUUUUCGUGAUAAACCGAGAUCAAGAAGGCCACGACAGCGGGUUCCAUACUACCGCCGGAAAGCGGACAUAAUCGCGGAUAAGAAACGACGCCCUCCGUUAGAAAAGAGCAAAACUCCUCGCAAACCGCGAUCGAGCACUCCGAAUCAUUACAAAGAUCUUCCCGCGAUCAGAAAGAGUGAUAUGAAUUUACAUCAGGCCAAGGUUUUUAUCCGUCGACUUCGAAGGUUCACAUGGAAACAAGUGAUUCCUGUUUUAUUCACGCAACCAAACCUCAAAGUGAAUUUGAUGUAUCACGGUUCACUUCUACCAAUCAACUAUAUCAGUCAACAAUUGUAG